GGCGGGGCCUCGGCCAUGGUGGGCGGGGCCUCGAGACGUCGGUUUCUCUCUGCUGCUUAUUUGUAUCCCGAGCGGUGCCUGCGUGGAGUUCCCACGCUGCGACUCUGCGGAUCUUCCUCCUUAGGCCUGCACGACCUGCUGUGACCGCGAGCAGCCGUCUCCCGACUCUUCUUCCUGAGGGUCUAGAAGCAGAAAGCAGCUCUACUUCCCUGCAAAGGAGCUGGACAUAGCAGCCAUGAAGUAUAUGGUGAACCUCUAUCUGCUGGGGGUCAUACUGACCCUGCUGUCCGUCUUUGUUAGACUGAUGGAGUCACUGGAGGGCUUAUUGGAGAGCCCAUUGCCUGGGAGCCCCUGGGUCACCAGAGGUCAGCUGGACAACACAGAGCCUCCCAAAGGCCUACCAGACCAUGCAUCUAGAGGCGUACAAUAAAACCUCCAUCCAGAAAUCAGCCGUACUUUGGCACACUAACAUCAGCAUGUUCAACCAAGUGCUCCAUUUCCAAAGAGGCAGCGUCGGUGUCUCCAAAGAACUGUUAGUAGGCCUGGAAGGGCCUUUUUUUGGUUGUUCCUUACCCUGGAAAAGGGCAUAUCUAAUGUAGAGGUGUGAGUGGGUUGUCUGGCUGUGGGAAGGAAUCUCAUUCUUCCGACGUUUGCCAUAUGCUUUGCUGUCCUGCAGUGUGCUCUGAGAUGGAGGUGUACCAACUUCAGCUGUUGGAAGAUGAAGGACUCUUGGACAUACGUAUAUUCUGGUUGGUUUGAUCCUGAGUCUCUUCCAUGAGAGCUGUUUGGACAGCAGUUAAGGGGUUAUGGGUUGGCAAUAAGGAGAGAGAGGUUGGAAUAUCCAGUGUUCAGGUCUCAGUUGUACAUUUAAGUUCUUCCUCCAAUGUAGUGCACAUGUGUUUAUGUAUAAUGUCUAAAGAGGGUUGUGGGAUGAUCAGACCUGCUCAGGGUGUGGGAGAUCCAGCCACUGUGUGGCUUAAAUGAAUUUUUCUAAUGCAAUAAAUGUGACUAUAUAUAUUUCCA